GUGCAUAAGGACACGAUGGCAAACCAAACCAAUCAAUCAUUGAGAAGUAAUAAUCCUUCGUCAGUGCCACCCGCUCUGGCGACCAGCGUAGCCACCGCAUCCUCGUCCGAAACCGUGACUAAAGAUUCCAGCUUCAAUCGAUCGGCACGGUACGAUCGAUCUCAGCCGGUACCGUCAAGACCAGCCUCGCUACCGAUGGUCUCAGCGUAUUCCGCAUCGCCGGGCAUUGCCAUGAGUUCGCGACCUUCGCGAAGUGCUACGCGCCCGGUGGGUGUGGGAUCGAAUCCGUUCACCUCCCAGACGGCCGGUAUGCGUGUGUUCAAGAAGUGCAAAAGCGCCACCUUCCAGAUCGAUGGACACACCUACACCAUAGUUGCAAGCUCGCCAGAGAAUAAGUUUACCAAAGAUGAUAUAACGCUCGCCGGUGCUGGCCCGGGGCGCGAACAGUUGCCCUGCUGCGAUCCGGCCACGUGUCCAGGCGGUCCCACCACCAGCUACGGAUCGUGCGGAUCUACCGGACCAAUCACCUCGAUUCCACCGGCCAGUAUCACAUCGGGCACCGGUGUCGGCAGCGGUAGUGGUGCCGCAUUGUCGCACACCCAACAACAGCAAUCAUCAUCAUCAUACCAACAACAGCAGCAUUCACAACAGCAGUCCUCUGGCAGUUGCUAUCCGUAUCAUCACCACUUUCAUCACCACCACCAUCACCACCAUUGCCAUCAGCCAGUGCGAGCGGAUUGUCACUCACGGAACGGACAGAUAGCAAAGCAAGGUAGCCUUACGAUCGUUCGGCGAACCAAUAGCAGAAAAAAUACCAACGUCCAGCAGCAGCUCCAGUACCAGGAAGCGUUGGACGAGUCGGACUACCAGCAGCAGCCCCCAUACGGUAACGAUUCUGGUGCCGAAGGUAGUGGUGGUGGAAGAGGCGGAGGCGGAGGAGGAGGAGGAGGAGGCGGAGGGGGUGGAGGUGGCGGUUCGGAGGCUGAGUACGGUCAGCAGCAUCCGCCCCUGUCCGAGUCGGAACUCGCCUUCGUCAACAGUCAGCUAAGUCGGGAGCUCGAGAGCAUGCAACCGACGUCCGGGACCGUGAGUGUCGUCGCGCAUCGUACCGAUUCGACGACCGGGGAUGAGCUGGACAAUGUGGACCUAGCAACAGACAACCUGCCGGCUGUCGAUACACCAGAUGCAUGUGAUAAGGCCGCAGUCAGACUACGAUGUCUGCUGCGGCAACUGCAGCGAGGCGAAAUUUCCGCCGAGCUGCUGCAGAAAAACCUUCAUUACGCCGCGCGCGUACUUGAAGCCGUUUUUAUCGACGAGACAAAUCAGGAUGGUGGUACCGGUGGAGGCAACGGUGGUGGUAGUGGUGGUGGUACUGGUGCUAACAACGCUGGUGGCGGUAGUGGAGGAGGUACUAGUACGGGCGGCACCAGCGGCGCGUCACCAAAUGUCAACGCGAGCGGCAAGGAGCCACACCAACGGGGAGCAACGACGUCCGCUCCGCCAACGCACGGUGGUCCUACGGGGCCACCGGCCAACAAAGGUGUCAUACAGAGGCGACGCUUACGGGCCCCAGUGUGGGCUCGGUCCAUGCGCCUGGCGGACGAAGAUGACGAACUAUCUGAGGUACAGCCGGACGCAGUGCCGCCCGAGGUGCGCGAAUGGUUGGCUUCCACCUUCACCCGGCAGCUGGCAACAACGCGGAAGAAGUCGGACGAGAAGCCCAAGUUCCGGUCGGUGGCUCACGCCAUCCGGGCCGGCAUCUUCGUCGAUCGGAUCUAUCGGCGCGUUUCCAGUACCGCCCUGAUGCAAUUUCCGCCCGAAGUCGUACGCGUGCUAAAGACCCUUGACGAUUGGUCGUUCGAUGUGUUUGCAUUGGCCGAAGCGGGCAACUGUCAGCCGGUCAAGUAUCUUGGCUACGAUCUGCUGAACCGGUACGGCAUGAUACACAAGUUCAAGGUACCGCCGGCCACCCUCGAAACCUUCCUGACGCGCAUCGAGGAAGGGUACUGCCGGUUCCGGAACCCGUACCACAACAACCUGCACGCAGCCGACGUCGCACAAACCGUACACCACGUGCUCUGCCAGACCGGCCUGAUGCACUGGCUGACCGAUCUGGAGAUCUUCGCCACGCUGCUGGCAGCGCUAAUCCACGACUACGAGCACACGGGGACAACCAACAACUUCCACGUAAUGUCCGGCUCGGACACGGCAAUGCUGUACAACGAUCGGGCCGUGCUGGAAAACCAUCACAUCAGUGCGGCGUUCCGCGUGCUCAAGGAGGAUGACUGUAACGUGCUGCAGAACUUGUCGCGAGACGAGUACCGCGAGCUGCGCACGCUCAUCAUCGACAUGGUCCUGGCGACCGACAUGUCCUUCCACUUUCAGCAGCUGAAGAACAUGCGCAACCUGCUGACGCUGGCCGAACCGCAGGUGGACAAAUCGAAGGCCCUCUCGCUGGUGCUGCACUGUUGUGAUAUUUCGCACCCGGCCAAACGCUGGGACAUUCAUCACAAGUGGACGAUGCUGCUGCUGGAGGAGUUCUUCCGCCAGGGCGACCUGGAACGGGAGCUCGGUCUACCGUUCAGCCCACUGUGCGAUCGGAACAAUACGCUGGUGGCCGAGUCGCAGAUCGGUUUUAUCGAAUUUAUCGUCGAGCCGAGCAUGACCGUCUGUGCGGAUAUGCUCGAGAUUGUGCUCGCACCGAUCGCACCGAUCACGUGCAACGCAUCGAGCAGUGCCGGUGCGGCAUCGACCGGCAACAGUGCGGCCAACAAUACGUUUAGUAGUAGUAGUAGCAACAGCAACAAUAAUAAUAAUAAUAAUAACAAUAAUAUUAAUAGUAAUACCAACGUCAACAAUAAUAGUAGCAUUAAAAGUACUACCAAUACUCUUAGCGUACCGAACAACAAUACGAACAACAAUGAAGCAAUAAGUAGUGGAACGGAGAGCAAGGGCGGUACCGAUGGGUCGCCGGUCGCCCAACCGCAAAGUGCUGGCAGCACCUCCUCGACAAAGAAUGGCAGUGCCGAUCCGAACGAGAAGCCGAACCGGUUCAAAAUACGCAAACCGUGGACGACCUGUCUGGCGGAGAAUAAGAAAAUCUGGAAGGAACAAGCCGUCCGUGAUGCGGAAGCAAGGGCAGCAGCAGCUGCGGCGGAAGCUGCCGCUGCGGCCGCAGCAGCAGCGGAAUCAAACGAAUCUUCCGACGGGCAGCCAACGGCCGGCGAUGGUGAAGAAGCGAAGCCCGAUGAGGCAGACACAAACUAA